CCCACAUCUUUAUUGCUCUCUUCACGGCCAACCUCACCGCUCAUCUAAUCGUCCACUCUGACCAACCGAGGAGCAAUAAUAAUCAUACAAUGUCUGCUGCUAAGUGUUUGGUGUCUGUCAUGGUGGUGCUGGUGGCUGCAGUGUGUGUGGUUCACGCACAGGAGAGGAUUAAGAUGUGUGGGAGAGAGCUAAUUCGCCUGGCUGUGUCGUCCUGUGGAAACUCUCGGCUGAGGAGAAGUAUCCUGGACGUAGAACCUGGGCAGCAUCGAGAAACCUCUCACUGGGACCAGAAUCCCUCCGUAGAGGAGCACCAGGCCACGGAGACGGUCCACAUCCCUCCUGAAUCUGACGGGGAGAAGGGUGUCUUCUCCUGGUACCCCCUGUCCUCUCGAGUUAGACGAGCUGCUGGAACAAUAUCUGAUAUUUGCUGUGAGAAAGGAUGCAGCAUGAAAGAGUUGAUUCAGUUUUGCUAGAUGUAGCCCCCUACUUUUCAAGCAAUAAACAUAGUGUCUUAAAAUGUUCUGACCUGUGCUGCAAGGAACCUUUAGCAAGUUGCCUUAUCCUUGAGAAGAAUGAUUUUGAAAUAUUUCCAAUUAUGUAGCACAAACACAUCAGUAAUUAUAGACAUUUGAUGAUAUAAAUGAUUUUCUUUGCCAUACUGUAGGGCAAAAUAAAUUACAUCUUAAUGUACGCAGGUUUUACAUGAAAAAAACUGUUUCACACAAAAGAUAUUAAAAUUCAAAUUGUUGUU